AUGAAGAAGAACACCAGCAAGUCUACCAUGAGGAUCAAUAAGCAAGAUGCUUUCUGCACCCCACACUCCCAUGAUCCAAGAGAUCUUCAAAAUAUGUUGGAUGGAGGAGAGUAUGCACCUUUUGUAUCUCUUCCCAUGUUAGAGAGCAAUUUUAUCCAGGUCAACAGGAGAGGUGAAUCCAUUUACCUUCAUAACCGAGCCAACUGGGUGACCGUAGGCAUCUGUUCUUCCAGCUCCACCCACAAGAUCCCCAAUGUGAUGCUACUGGCACAUCUGACCCCUGGUGCCCAAAAAGAUACAGAACCCCUGUUUAAAAGUCUCCUGACAUCUCCUCCUGCAGAGAAACUCGUGCUCACCAGGUUUCUCCCCUUGCAGUUUGUGACUCUGUCUGUGCAUGAUGCGGAGAACAUGUGCCUGAAAGUAAAGCUGGUGAGUGGUCGAGCCUACUACUUACAGCUCUGCACCUCUGCAUAUAAACAGGACACCUUGUUUUCUCAAUGGGUGGCCCUCAUCUCCCUCUUGAAUCAGGAGAAAGCCAAAGUUUCCAAAGUGUCAGAGUUUUCAAGUCUCUCAGGAAUUACGAAUAGCACAGACAUCACAGGCUCCACGGAUGUGAUGGAUAUCACAGCAUUCACAGCCAUCCUGACCCCGUACAUGUAUGCAGGUACAGGCCCUGAACAUGUCAGGGACAGCAUAGAUUUCUCAGAAUUCACAGACAUCACCGACAUCACAGAUGUCACAGAUCUUCCAGAAAAUGAGGUCCCAGAGGUCCCAGAUGUAAGAAUUGUCACAGAAGUCAUAGAAGUCAGAGAAGCCACAGAAAUCACAGACAGCUCUGAUAUUACAAACUGCUCGGGAGUCACAGUGGUGUUUGAAAACAAUGACUUAAUCAGGGCCAAGCAAGAGGAGAAGGAAAAAUUGGAAAACAUUCUGAAGCCUGGGUGUCUACAAGAUACAAGCAAGAGUGACUUGAAAGAAUCCUCAAAACGUGUCACCAUCUCAAACAUAACACUGACUUUUGAAGGUAAAAGAUAUUCUCAAACUACCUUGACUCCAGUAGAAAGUGAGGCAAAUACAUCCAAGGAGAAGGAGGAUAAGACCUCUAAAGAAAAGAUGCCUGAUUUUCAGAGCACAGCUCUCAAGGCUGAAGAAUCCAGGAGCUUGAGAACUGAAUCAAACACUUCAGUUCUCUCCCCUCAUAUCAAAUCUCCUUUGAAUUUCCUCAAACUUGUGCCUCAUCUGUCUCCCCUUUUCUCAAGGGAAUGA